AUGACUGAACAAGAGAAUAAACCAGAAAUGCCAACUAUCAGCUCGGCGGUCAAAAAUAUAGCUCACACAGCAGCAAAGCUGUAUUCGAAAUUAUCAUCACCAAUGACAAAUUUACCUCAACGCAGCCAUACUCCAAUACCCAUAUCGACAAAUAUCUUGAUUGUUGGUGGUGCAUACGCAGGAAUCGCAGCCUUGCGUGCUUUACAAAUCAAUUUGUCAUCGCGUAUCCCCAAAGACGGUAACAAAAUUAGCAUAACUUUGGUAGAGCCUAAAGACGGACUAUUAAAUAUUUUGGGUAUAUCGCGAUCUAUUGUUAGUACCCAGUUUGCUCAAACACAAUAUAUUCCAUUCAACAAAUUGGACCAUAUCAGAUUCAAUAGUAUCAUAUCUGAUGAUGUUAGUAAACAGCAUUACGAUUCAUCAUGGUUUACACAAGCAGGUGAUGCUUAUGAAAAUCAAUUGCAAUUGAAUUUCAUUCAUGGACGUAUAACGUCAUUGGAUUUACAAUCAGCGGAAUAUACGUUGAACAACUCAACUACUGAAACAGGCAAGAUUGAAUUUGAUUAUGUGAUUAUGGCAAGUGGAAGAGACCGUAAUUGGCCAACUACACCAUUGGCAAACACCCAACAACAAUUUUUGGAUGAAGUUGGACGAGCCAAGAGUCAGAUUGAACAAGCAAACAUCAUCUCCAUUAUUGGUGCUGGUGCAGUGGGCACUGAAAUUGCCGGAGAUAUCAAAACAGCAUACCCUGAUAAGACAGUCAAUUUAAUCCAUCCUCAUGAACAUUUCCCACCUGAACCAUUAAGUUUGGAGUUCAAAACAAUGGUGCAAGAUUCAAUUGAACGAUCAGGGGUCAAUAUAUAUCUAAACACCCGAAUUGAAAAAGUAUUGGACGAUAACAACAAUUUACUCACAACGUCACAAAAAGUUAUUGAAUCGGACUUGAAUUUCCAUUGUUGUUCCAAGCACAAUAAUACAUUAUUUUUAUCACCACAACUCCAAGAUUAUAUCGUCAAUGGACAAGUUAACACCAAUGACUAUUUACAGUUGACUAACCCAAACACUCAUCUCACACAGGAAAAUUUCUUUGUUGUUGGUGAUUUGGUAAAUUUCCCCAUUAUUAAAUCUGCUGGAUGGGCAAUGUACAUGGGACGUCAAGUUGCCAAUAAUAUAACCAGUUUGAUAUUUGAUGCAACCUUGGUUGAACCUAUGCCCGAUUUAUCGAGUAUGCCUUAUGGAAUGGUGAUUGUUGGUGGUAACGAAGAGAUUAUUAGUGAAUUGCUGGGUGAUGUGCAAUUGAAUCAUGAAGGGUACAAGAAGGAGUAUCUUGAUUAUUGUAUUGGUAAAGUAAGAGCUACACUAGAUGUAUAA